GGUCCUACCAACAUCUCUGUCCAUAGAAAUGACGUCGGUGGAAGGUUAAUCAGCUGAUUCUAAGCGAUCAAAUGAACCAAAAUAACACGGUUUUAUCUGUCAAAAGACGUUCAACAUCUACCGACAAUUGACGAUUUUCUGGUUGGACACGGUUGACAUGCUUUAUUUGGACCGUCAUCAUGGACAAGAUUUUGGAGGGCCUUGUGAGCUCCGAUCACUCAGUUCCAGUGAAGAGGGCCAUUGUGAAGAAGGUAGUGGAAGCCGCAGAGAAAGAGGUGACUGAGGAGCAGUGUCAGUCGCUGUUUACUCUCACCACCCGCCUCAUCUUGCUCGGUGAAGAUGCCUUUCAGAGGCAGGUCGGCUUCCAGGUUUUGGAUGCCUACGCACGCUACCACCGCCCAGAGUUUGAGCGUUUCUUCACUAAAGACUUUGUCCUCAGUCUUCUCCAACAGGGCUAUUUCCAGCUGGACCGCAAAGACCCAGCUAUUAUAGACUACAUUCACUGCUGCCUGCGGCUGCUCAUCAGCUGCCCCUCAGUGCUGGAGAUCUUCAGCGUGAUCCAGGUGGAGGUUUUAAGGAUGGUGUGUGAGCGUCCGGAGCCUGCUCUUUGUGCCCGCCUGAACACUUUUCUUUCAGACUUUGUGCAGUGCAUCCCGAGGGAUAAGUCGGGAAUUUUGUUCUGCCAGCAGCUGGUGAGGACCAUCAGUUACUUCCACUGCUUUGCCAGCCAAGAGCGGGAGCUGAGAGAGUAUGUAGGUCAGGUGACCAAGGUUAGCACGCUGCUGCAAAACAUCUGGAAGGCUGACCCAGCCACACUGCUUCCCUCAUUACAGGAAGUCUUUGCCAUUAUCUCUUCCACAGACCCCUCCUUUGACCCAUCCAUUACUCUGGCCAGCCUGGUGCAGCACAUCCCCGUCCAGAUGAUCACAGUGCUUAUCAAGAGUCUCACCACAGACCACAAUGUCAAAGACGCAAACAUGACUAAAGCACUCUGCAGGAUGAUUGACUGGCUUUCUUGGCCUUUGGCCCAACAUGUUGAUACCUGGGUCAUUGCUCUACUGAAAGGACUGGCUGCAGUUCAGAAGUUCACUAUCCUCAUAGACGUCACUCUGCUUAAAAUUGAACUGGUAUUCAGUCGUCUGUGGUACCCCAUUGUGCGGCAGGGAGCGCUAGCUGUGCUCUCCCAUAUGCUGCUGAGUUUCCAGCACUCUCCUGAGGCCUUCCAUUUGGUUGUUCCACAUGUGGUGCAUCUAGUCCAGUCUUUGAGGACAGAUGGUCUCCCCACCAGUAAAGCUUUCUUGCUGCAGUUCACUGAGCUCAUACACUGCAUGAUGUACCAAUACUCCGGCUUCCCUGACCUCUAUGACCACAUACUAGAGGCCGUCAAGGAUCUCCCAAAACCUGGAGAGGAGAAGAUCAAGUUGGUGUUGAAUCAAAGUGCCUGGACAUCCAAGUCCAACUCCUUUGCCUCGGGUCUUCAGAGGCAAGUUGGGAAGUCUGAGACGGGCAAGACUGGCCUGGUCAACCUGGGGAACACCUGCUACAUGAACAGCAUCAUCCAGACCCUCUUCAUGGCCACAGAUUUCAGGCGGCAUGUUUUAUCAUUACAUCUAAAUGGUUCCAACACACUAAUGAAAAAGCUCCAGCUGCUCUUUGCUUUCCUUGCACACACUCAGAGGGCAGCAUAUGCUCCCAGAAACUUCUUGGACGCAUCUCGGCCUCCCUGGUUCAAUGCCGGCUCUCAGCAGGACUGCUCUGAGUACCUCAGAUUUCUUCUAGACAGGUUACAUGAAGAGGAGAAAACAAUUCAGGUCCUGGAAUCAGCUAAGCCAAAGGUUGCCUCCCCUGUUGACACAAGCAGCAAAGACCCAACAGGCCAGACUUCUCCAGAGGAGGGAGAAGAGUCAUCUUUGAUUUCAGCAGAAACCAAACCUGGGAAUGACGGGAGGACUUUGAUAGAAACGAUGUUCGGUGGGAAGCUGAUCACAGGUAUUCGCUGUAUGCAGUGCAACUGCAUCUCUGAGAAAGAGGAGCGUUUUACAGACCUCUCAUUGGCCUUCUGUCCUUCUGCCACCUCUCAGGACAGCCCUCAACCUGAGGGGCCCUCAGAGGAGCCCAAGGUUCUCUGUCAGGGAUCUGUCAAUGGCGGCAGUGAAAUUCCUGAGCCAGGCCUGGCGAGAGCCCCGGCUAGCAAUGUCCAUUUUGUGCCAGUGACAAAUGAGCCUCCUCUCUCUGUGCCUGACCUGGUGAACUAUUUCCUGGCUCCAGAGAUCCUGGACGAAGAGAAUGCCUAUUUCUGUGAGAAGUGCAGCUCCCUCCAGCGGGCAGAGAGGACCAUGAAAGUGGUCUCAGCACCUGAAUACUUAAUCCUCACCCUGCUGCGAUUCUCAUAUGAUGCCAAAUGCCAUGUUCGGAGGAAGAUUCUGGACAAUGUCACCAUCCCACCACUCAUGAGACUUCCUGUGCAUGCCCCUUCGAUGCCUACACAAUGCUCCUCUUCUACCUCUUCUCCUCUGCAAGUGGAUUCUCCUGAGAGCAGUGAGAAUCUGGCCAAGAAGCUCAAACCAUCUCAAAAAGAUGAGGAGGAAGAGGAGAAGGAGAGGAUAGAUGGAGCAGAGCAGAUAAACAGAGGAGGAGAGAUGUCAGUCCAGUCAGUGCCCUAUGUCCUUAGCUCAGUGGUGAUGCAUUCUGGUAUAUCGUCUGAGAGUGGUCACUACUACUCCUAUGGUCGUAACAUUAAUGGAGCAGAUGGAACACAGCAUCCAGCCAAUCACUUUGCCCUCAAGGAGGAUUUGGGAAAUGACCAGGCCGAAUGUAGCCUCUCCGCUUGCUCGGCUCUCUCAAUUCCACCUGAACAAGGAGACACACUACCUAAUAGUGGCCAGGAGGCAAAGGAUUGGCUGCUGUUCAACGAUAGCAGAGUGACAUUCUCAUCCUUCCAAUCAGUGCAAAACAUUACUAAUCGAUUCCCCAAGGACACCGCUUAUGUGCUCAUGUACAGGAAACAGGAGCUACCAGGGCAGAGCGUAAAUGGGGGAUUGAUGUCAAAUGGAAAGAGACUGAGUGCUGAGCCUCCUCUGCAGAAAGAACUACUGGAUGCUAUUAUCAAGGACAACAAGCUGUAUUUACAGGAACAGGAGCUCAAUGCUCGGACCCAAGCUCUCCAGGCCCCUUCAUCCUCCUGCUCAUUCAGGCCCAACGGUUCAGAUGACAAUAACCCACCAGGGAGCUGUGGCCCAUCUGGUGGAGGAGGGGGAGGAGGAGGGGGAGGGGGCUUCAAUACCAUUAGUAGACUUGUCUUCUGAAAGGAAAAAAUGCUGCGGGAAACCGAGAUGAACUGGCACUAAGGGAGUUCUGAACUGAUCAUACAGGAGCCUGAACUGUCAUACCAUAGAUGUGCAUAUAACCUCAUAAAAAGAGCACUGAAAUUAUCUGAACACACACAAACACACAGAGCAUCUGCGCUGAUUCUGAUCUUAGAUUUGAUUUUGUUAAAGUCUUGAAGUUUUGACUAAAAUAGUUUUUAUACCAUUGUUUCAGUCAUCAGUUAAUCAUUUUUAAUUUAUUUAGAUUAUUUUUUUGUGAUCUCAGCAUUAUAAUCUUUCAUUAAUCCUCCAAAUUUAAAAACUUGAGGUAGGUAAUACUCAUUGGUGCAAAUGUAUUCUCUCCUUUAAUGAAAUGUGUAAAUUAUAAUUUGAUAUUAUAGAAGUAACUUCUUAAACCAUUAGUCUCCUAAUAAAUAAAUAAAUAAAUAAAUAAAUACAGUUACAUACAUUGCUAAAAUAUGUAAAACUGGUUCAGUCUAGAACAUGUUCAUAUUAUCUGGCUUGUCAGUGUUCAUAAUAUUACCACACAAACCAACACAUACACACACAAACAUAUGCAAAUACAUGCAUGUGCAGUGCACAGAAAAGAAAGCAUUCAACUGUAAGAUAAACAGACUUUUUUGAUUUGUCAUAAUUCUGAACACAGCUCACAGCCUUCUUUUACUCUUCUGAUUUGCAUGCAGCUUUUCUUCACGAGCUGUGGAGUUUGAUUUUCAAGAUAUUUGAAUCCUUUUUGAUGUGUGCUUUGGUGUUUUAUAGGUUUCAUAUCUCAUGCAAUAAAUGUACAUAUGACUUAAAAUAUCAUUCUGAAUAAUCAUGGAAUACAAAACUAUAUGUGGAAAAUGUAAUACUAUAUAUGGGAAAUUUCCAAGAUAAAGGCAUUUUCAAUAUGAAUAUUUAAUUCUGUUCUCCCACUAACAGAUAGUGUGAUCUACAAAGAACUAAAUUGCAGACUGCUUGUUUAAACAUAUUUGACAACAGUAAACUGUUUGAUGGCAUAUUUUAAUGUAUUCCUCUGAUUUGAUCAUUCAGGGAGACUUUUGUGUUCAUGCUGAUUUUAUGUGCCUUUUGACAUUUAAUGCAGAUUUUUUGAAGAGGAAUUUGUCAGGAUAUACAUUUCAGCUGUACUGUGUUAAUAUUCAUAAAGGCUUCACCUUUCCAUACAGUAAAAACAAAUCAGGAUUUGUUGUAUUGUGUGACUUAACCAGGAAAGUUAUUUAAGGUAAAGUUAUUUAAAGUGGUAUGCUGGCAAAGAGGUGGGCAGAUGUUGGGGACUAAAUUAUAAAUGCAUUGGUUAACACGUGAUGAUACAAAUGUUAAAAAAUAAGAAGUUAUGAAGAUUAAAGGCAAUUAAUAAACACUCGAUUGAACAAUAGCAAGAUGAAUCAGCAAAUGGUUUCUGGAAACCUUAAAUGAAUUUCUGUGGAAAUGAGCCAAACACCAUAAACUAGUUAUGAGUAUGUUAUGCUCAAGUUUACCUCAAUGUCUGCGUCACCUUACUUGUCACAUUUACAUAAUUCCACCUUUCCACUGCAUAGACAACAUUUACCACUAGCAGCCAUCUCCAGUACUACAUCUUGACUUGAAUAGAUCACCUACAGUACAUAAUUUAUUUUCUUUCUUGCCGUAUAUACAAACUUGUCAUCAGCAGUGCCAGAUUUCUUCUUGGAGCUAGAACUAAGUGUGGCAAGAUGGAUUUGAAGCUGCAAAUAAUGCAUUUUUUUAUAUCAAUUAAAUGCUUGAAAAGGAAAAUGGUUAAAUGUUAAAUUCAGUAUGUUAUUGAUACUGCAAACCUCAAGAACACUCAAAAACAUGUACAUUUUUAGUAUGCAAGUGACUUUGUUGAUUAAAAAAAACCCAAAACUGUA